AGAGCAGAACCCGGAACCGGAGUGCCUGCCCUGCUGGGGGCCGGAGGGAGGGCGGCGCAGCGGACCCAAGUGGACCGGAAGGGAGCGUGAACGUGUGGCAUCCUCCUCAGAGGGCCCAGCGUUGCCUUCGCCAACAUCAUGAAGUUUCGCGCUAAGAUCACAGGCAAGGGCUCUCUAGACCUGUUCAUCCAAGUCAGCAGCACCUUGGCGAGACUGGUGAAGGUCUGCGUGCUCCGCGUGUGCCCCGACAGGAUGUGUUUCGGCUCCGUGGGCUCAGGCGGCCUUCAGGAGGCCAGGCUGUGGUGCGAGGUGCAGCAGCGGGCCUUCCAGCAGUUUCGCAUGGAAGGUGUCUCGGAAGGGCUCAAUGAGAUCCAUCUGGAGCUGACGGCGGAGCACCUGUCCAGGGCAGCGAGAAGCGCGGCGGGCGCGUCCUCACUGAAGCUGCAGCUCACCCACAAGCACUGCCCCUGCCUCACCGUGGUGGUGGAGCUGGCCUCACCCCUGGGCCGUGUUCGCAGCGUGAUGCACGAUCUGCCCGUGCGGGUGCUUCCCAGAAGAGUGUGGCGAGACUGCCUGCCGCCCAGCCCGCGCGCCUCGGACGUGAGCAUCCACCUGCCGCGCUGGAGGACGCUGAGGAGCAUCGUGGAGAGGAUGGCGAACGUGGGCAGUCACGUGCUGCUGGAAGCAAACCUCAGUGGCAGGAUGACCCUGAGCAUAGAGACGGAGGUGGUGUCUAUUAAAAGUUAUUUUAAAAAUCUUGGAAACCCUCCAAAGUCGGCUGUUGGUGUGCCUCAAAACAGAGACCUGGACAGCAUGGUGCAAGUGCGGGUAGAUAAUCGGAAGCUUCUGCAGUUUUUGGAGGGUCAGCAAAUAAAUCCUACAACGGCUUUAUGCAAUAUUUGGGACAAUACUCUUCUUCAUCUUGUUUUGGUUCAAGAAGAUGUCUCUCUUCAGUAUUUCAUUCCUGCCUCGUAAAAAUUCAGCCAGCUUAGAUUUUUUUUUUUUUAAGCUUAAGAACUUUUCAAAACUGAAACAGACUCUGAGUUAAUUGGUUUGAAAGUUUGUGCCUUCUCUGACUUAAUGCUAGGCGUAUAUUUUGUUGAGCCCUUCCUCCUUUGCAGAAUUUGUAUUAAAGCAUUGAU